ACCCCAAACCUCAAACCCGACACUUUCACAACACAACCUUCGUUUCAAAGCAAUCUGUAUUUCUCUCUUUCUUCAAAAGUCUCUGAAAAAUCUCUGAAAUUUGCCAUGGCGCCCAAGGCAGAGAAGAAGCCAGCUGAGAAAAAGCCAGCGGAGGAGAAGAAGGCCGAGAAGGCCCCUGCAGAGAAGAAGCCGAGAGCCGAGAAGAAGCUUCCCAAAGAAGCCUCUGGUGCCACUGACAAGAAGAAGAAGAGAUCCAAGAAGAGCGUGGAGACCUACAAGAUCUACAUCUUCAAGGUCCUGAAGCAGGUCCACCCUGACAUUGGGAUCUCAAGCAAGGCCAUGGGGAUUAUGAACAGCUUCAUCAACGAUAUCUUCGAGAAGCUCGCCCAGGAGUCUUCGAGGCUCGCUAGGUACAACAAGAAGCCGACGAUCACUUCCAGGGAGAUUCAGACUGCUGUAAGAUUGGUUUUACCUGGUGAGCUCGCUAAGCACGCUGUCUCGGAGGGGACCAAGGCGGUGACCAAGUUUACUAGCUCUUAGGGCAUUUGGGGAAAUGGGUAUUUUGUGAUCUGGAAUUUAAUUAGGGUUUUUAGUUGUAAAGUCUAAAUUUGCGGUUGGCAUCUGAGAUGCAUAGGGUGUUAGGUUGGUUUAGGGUAUUUUGUAGUUUGCUUUUUGUGAAUCAAAUUUGAACAUUUUGCUUGGUGA